AUGGCAGAUAUUUUAACUCCAUUUGUAUACUGGGCUCAAACAGAAAAUCAAAUUACAUUAAAGGUAGAUUUAACUGAUGAUGUUAAUGUUGAUAUGGAUGAGAAAAAAUUAGAAGUUAUAGCUUAUGGACAAGGUGCUAGAGGUCUUAAUAAUUAUAGAUUUAACUUGGAUUUACAUUCAUCUAUUAACACUGAGGACAGUAUGUUUAAAGUAAUAAAUCGACAAGUAAAUUUUACAUUGAGAAAAAAGUGUUCUGCUUGGUGGCCAAGAUUAACCAGUCAACCACAAAAGCCAUCAUGGUUAAAAAUUGAUUUUGAUAAAUGGACAAGCGAAGAUUUAGACGACAAUGAAGACGAAAAGCGGGAUAUAUGCAAUGAUUAUCCUGGCAUGUAUGACAAACUUCAUAAAGAAGAAUUCGGUUACGAAAAAGAGGAUUUCAAAAAGGUAUAUCUUAUUAUUUAUAAUCUUUGUCAAUUUGUUGGUUUUAUCUACAUUCUUAUUGUAAUGGGAAUCAUGUAUUCGCGAGAUGGACCAGCUUCUAUGAAAGAAACUUACACAACUGUUGGAAAUGCAAUGAAGUUUAUACAACUUUUACAGUUUCUAGAAGUUAUGCACUCAUUAUUUGGUUAUACUAAGAGCAGUACACUUGUGUCAUUUGUACAAGUAGGAGGCAGAACAUUUAUUUUAUUUAGUAUGAUUGAAGCUGAACCCCGUAUGCAAACUAAACCAGUUAUUUUUUAUCUUUUCCUUGUUUGGAGUACAGUAGAAAUAUUUAGGUACCCAUAUUACAUUACACAAUUAUUGAAAAUAGAAAUUUCAUUUUUAACAUGGUUAAGAUAUACAAUAUGGAUGCCUUUAUAUCCAUUAGGCUUUCUUUGUGAAGGAAUUAUAAUACUAAGAAAUAUUCCAUAUUUUGAAGAAACACAAAAAUUUACCGUUUCUUUACCAAAUUCUUGGAAUUUUGCAUUUCAUUUUCCAUCAUUUUUAAAAAUAUACUUAUUAGUAUUUUGUUUACCUCUUAUAUAUAUGUUGAUGUCUCGUAUGAAUCAAAUGCGUUAUAAAAAAUUAUGCAAGUCUAAACUAAGAAAAAAGUAUGCAUGA